UUGGGCGGCGCUGAUGGAGGCCGCGGCGGGAGCGGGGAGGCAGCGGCAGGAGCUGGACAACGGGUCCUUGGAGAUAACUCAGAGCACAGAAGAUGAUCAUCUAUUUGACACACCACUACUUCCGUCUCAUGCAUUGCAUUCCCGGCUGAGACCAAGAUUCUAUACUAUUCCUACAGUUUUCAUUGCCAAUUUUUUGUUGCUUAUACAUGUUGCAUUUGUUGUCUUAGUAUUUUUAGCAGUCAUGUUUUGUUCUUAUCCUGACCCAAAUGAAGAUAAGUGCCCUAAAAACUACACCUAUCCUUUUAAGGUACAGACUGUAGUAGUAAUUGCAAAAGUAAUUCUAUGGAUUCUGCUUGUUCUGUUUGAACGGUAUGUCCAGUAUCAUCACAGUAAAGCCAGAAGCCGAGGCUACCUCUCAAUCUACCGAUCAACUAGACAUCUUAAAAGGCUUCCGCUAGUGGUACACUCAACAGGAAAUACUGCCCUGCUUCUGAUACUAUCGGCUCAGCAUUCUUUUCCUGACAAUAACAGAAUAUAUCUCUAUAUUAUCCUGGGAAUCCUAGCUCUGGAGCUGAUUUGUUCUCUGACAUGCCUAGUCAUUUACACAGUAAAAAUAAGUAACUUCAACCAGGCAAAAUCCAGGCCUGAUAUAAUUGAAGAAGAAAAAAUGUACGCCUACCCCUGCCAUAUUAUCUCAGAAACUGGAUUCAGGGAAAAUUCAAGUUUGGAAGAAAUUGUUGAAAAGCAAGGAGAUGUGAUAGAAUAUCUUCAACGACACAAUGCACUGCUCAGCAGGAGAUUACUGGCAUUAACCUCACAGCAGAUCAGAGAUUUUGACCAUGUUCCUUUUUACUUCUUGAACAAGACCUGGAAUAAAGGUGAUAAUAAAGUUAGUUGCCAAUGAA